AUGUCUGAAGAGACAAUUGAUUUGUUAGAUGCCGACACAUUCACACAAGAUCAUGUCACUUUGGAGUAUAUAAAAGUUUUUUUAAAAAAGUUAAUUAGCAAACGAAAAAAAUUGUACAUAAAAUAUCUAAGUGAUAACUUCGACGAUCAUCGCCUGAGCAACGAGGACAUGAAUGAAUUUGCAUUAUACCUGGCGCCUGAAAGAGAAAAAAUGAAAAAAGUAGAAUGGGUAGAAAGUUUCAAAUUAAUUCCACUCCAGAGGCAAUAUCAAUUAAUGGAAUCUCUAGAAAACAUGUUCUAUUCCAGUCUACCAACUGAAAGCAUAACAAAAACCUCACCUUACAAAAAUGCCUAUUUUGAAGGAAACAUCAUCCACACAGACGUGUUUUACCUUGCUACUACCAACAUCAGAAAGUACAAGCUGCCGUAUGUAACAGGAAUAUCGUUAUGUUUAAAUUCUCCACAAAUAGGGAAUUUCCCAACAACAGGGCAACCGCAAACUGGUAGCACUAAAAACGUAAGCCUGGAUUUAAAAAAUGCGGAGAUGGAAAUAAUGAGAGAAGAUUUAAACGAUGGGAAAACAUGUUGUACGGCUCUCCACUACAUUCACAGCUAG